AUGCAUUUUCACCCCGCCGUUUGUUUUACUGUCGCCGCUGUCGGCAAUCAAGACCAUCCAGCCACCAAAUCUCUACUCAAAAUCACCAGCACAGAGCUCGCUGUAUUCUCUUCGCAUUGGAGGGAGGCAUUGAGCCGAACCUCACAUGGCCCUCAAAACAAGACUAGACUAGACUUACCCCAGCAUGGCUUUGCGUACCAAAUGGGUCGAGGUGGAUCACUGCAGAGCUCUGACCAUGACCGUGCCUUCACGAGAAAUGUCACAGGAAACUUUGCACAGCCGGACUGUCAUUUGAGCGGAGCGGAGCUCUUUCCAUCUGCCGGAGCAAAAUUCCUGCAGCAGCACAUGUACUCGUCCAGGACUGCCUGCCUUGAGCCAUCUUUUGGGUGUGUACGGAGAGCAUGGUGCGAACACAUUGUGAAGUCCGAUGGAGAAGAACAUCAAACUGCCAGGUCGAACCUGCAUCUGUGCAGAAACCUGUCGAUUUGGAAUCAUCAGCGACUGGAAGUUUGGGGUUUCCUGAUCGAUUUAACCAACCCAAUCCUCGACAGCUAA